AUGUCGGGUUUGACACAGUUGCAAUCACUGGACCUCUCACAGAACACGCUACAUGGAAAAAUCACAAUUUUAAGUUUCCUCAGCAGUCUCACUUCCUUGAAUAUCUCAUACAACAACUUUUCUGGUCCAAUUCCAGUGACACCUUUCUUUCAAACUUUAACCUCGAAAUGUUUCCUUGAAAAUUCCCGCCUCUGUGAAUCUCUCGAUGGCACUACUUGUUUUUCGCAUUUGAUGCGAGGAAAAAGAUCGAAGUCUGCCAAGAAUAUAGCUUUGGUUGCUGUGAUUUUGGCUUCUGUGACAAUGUCAGUUGUGGCUACCUGGAUUCUAGUGUUUCGGAAUCACGCAUGUGUAAUCGAUAAGUCUGGUUUGUCCAACUCAUCUGGAGAAGAGGAUUUUUCUUAUCCAUGGACUUUCAUCCCGUUUCAGAAGCUGAAUUUCACUGUUGAAAACAUCUUGAAUAGCAUGAGAGAUGAAAAUGUUAUUGGAAAAGGCUGUUCUGGGGUCGUUUUCAAGGUGGAGACGCCAAACGGUGAGUCGAUUGCAGUUAAAAAGCUUUGGAAAACAAAGAAAGACAAAGAUCCAAUAGACUCUUUUGCUGCUGAAAUUCAAAUUCUUGGACUCAUUAGGCACCGGAAUAUAUUAAAGUUACUGCGAUAUUGUUCAAAUAAGGGUGUUAAGCUACUCCUCUACAGCCAUAUACCAAAUGGAAAUCUUCAACAGCUUUUGCAAACCAACAGGAACUUGGAUUGGGAAAACUAG